UUGGCCGCAGGUUCUUCAAUUCUGGGCUUCAGCCUUCACUGUCUCUCUCUCUCUGAUAACACGGAGCGGCUUAAUGUUUAGCCGAAGAUCGACAGGCACCCACACACACACCCCUUUACGCACAUAGGGAAGCAGCGGGAUUACAGUGGCAUACAGACUCAUACACUGACCAGGGAUGACGGGGGGCAAACUAACAGUGAGGAAGCAAAGGAGAAAUGAACCAGAAAUUGUUGCUGUGGCUGCAGAUCAGUGUCCCAACGGCAGAGACGCCUCUCCCGUCUCCUCCCUCGUUCGUCUCUAUGUGUACGCUCUGCACGGCUGCCUCUGCGAAGUGGCCUUCACUGCUGUGCUUGACUGGUCCUCCACCCAGGACAGGAGGCUGACAGGACACAGCAGCCUGUGGGCGCUGCCCAUGUACGCCACAGCGAUCUACCUCAUGGAGGUCCUCAGGGGCCGGCUGCUAGGACACGCGCUGCCUGUGCGACUGAUGGUCUACACCUCGUUCAUCUAUAUGUGGGAGUUCACCUGGGGAGCGGGGCUUCGGCUGUUGGGGGCCUGUCCUUGGGACUAUUCGGGUUACCGAUUCAACCUCAUAGGGCUGGUGACUCUGGAGUACGCCCUACCCUGGGCUGUGGCAGCAUUUAUAGCUGAGCAGCAUGUGAUCAAGAACACUUUAAGGAUAAGGCUGCUCAACUAAGCUAUGAAAACCUGAAACUCAUUCACAUUCAUAUCAGUUUGUUUUUAUAACAUCCAUCUAUCUAUUUGCCUCCCUAAAUCUUUUUCAGCGAAGUGUCUGUGACUGGGGGGGAGGAAUGUGGCUCUCACUGGGGAUAUAAAUGUAUGUCUUAUGAUGCCUUCAAGGCAAAAAAAAACUGUCUCAUAUUUCAUUUUUCUGUUUCUCAGGAAAACAAUCUCUCGAUCAUGCAGGAUAUGCAGAAGGACAGUUGGAUCAUGGCAUGUCUAUUUUGACAAUAAAAAACGUGUUGCAUGUUCUAA